AGGACAGUAUAAAUGUACACAGGUGCUGUAGUGCAGGCACACCUCAAUUCUGUCAUUCAUCAGUGAGAAGGACCUAAGAGCUGGAAGUGGAGAUCAACAUUUAGCUGGAUGUGCCUUCAAAUCCUCAGAGGUUUUGGACUCAAAGAAAAUGUUCGGACCUUUCCGCAAACACAUCCAGGACUACCUGUCUGAGAGAAGGAGUCGCAGGACCAGACUGGUUACCAAAGACGGGCGCUGCAACAUCGAAUACGGAAACAUAAAGUACAGCAAACACUUUGCCUUCCUAGCCGACUUCUGGACCACAUUCGUGGAGAUUCGGUGGCGUUUUGUGCUCUUCUUCUUCAUCGCGUCGUUCACCCUGAGCUGGUUCAUCUUCGGUCUGCUCUGGUACUGGAUUGCCCGCAGUAACGGAGACCUGACAUGGCAGUCACCCCCCACGGAUCACACACCUUGUGUUGAUAAUGUUGUCGGACUGACCACCGCGUUCCUGUACUCACUCGAAACCCAGACCACCAUCGGAUACGGUGGCCGAGCGCUCACUCCAGUGUGCCCCGGGGCUGUAGCGCUCCUCAUCAUCCAGUCUCUCUUGGGAGCGAUCAUCAACUGCUUCAUGUGUGGAAUCAUUUUGUCUAAAAUUUCCUUACCCAAGAAAAGAGCAAAGACCAUCACAUUCAGCGACAUGGCCGUCAUCAGUCCAAAGAACGGCGCUCUCUGUUUGUCAAUACGAGUGGCCAACCUUCGCAAGACCUUGAUGAUAGGAAGCCAGAUCUACGGCAAGCUGCUGAGAACCACAAACACAGCAGAUGGCGAGACAAUCAUCAUGGACCAGGUCAACAUUGAUUUCAUGGUGGACGCUGGAAAGGACAACCUUUUCUUUGUAUGUCCGCUCACGCUUUUCCACAUCAUUGAUAAAAGCAGUCCCUUCUUCGAGAUGGCAGUGGACACGCUCCAUAAGCAAGAGUUCGAAUUGGUUGUCUUCUUGGAUGGUACCGCAGAGUCCACCAGCUCCACCUGUCAAGUCCGGACAUCCUUUAUCCCCCAGGAGAUCAUGUGGGGCUUCAACUUCUUGCCGAUCAUCUCUCGAAGCAAAGAAGGCAAAUACAGGGUGGACUUCUCCAAUUUUUCCAAAGUGGUGCCUGUGGCCACUGCACACUGCGCCUACUGCUUCCACAACAUCAAGGGUCAUCACCACCACUUCAAAGAUGGACACGACAACCAGGGGUUUGAGGUCAUUGAUAUCGGUGAUCCUCCAAGUAUCACCAACAUGUAAGACUUGGGAUACACCGUGAACAACAGACUCCACUUAAGAAGAGGGAACAGCAUCAAAGGGAGUACUCACAACUAUUAUAUAUUACUGUAUAUACUAUAUGUACAUUUUCAUGAGUAGUGCUUAAAUGAUGCUGGUAAAAGCAACUCAUACAGUAGUUUGUACACAUGGGGGCACGUGAAAAAAAAAAACGGUCCCCGAUGGGGCAUGACAGUUCAUAAUUAAGAACCACUGUGUAAUGCAGCACGGUUAGGGCAGUGGUUAGCGCGCAGACCUCUAGGAGACCCGAGUUCAAUCCCACCCUUGGCCAUCUCUGUGUGGAGUUUGCGUUUUCUCCCCGUGCAUGCAUGGGUUUUCUCCGGGUACUCCUGGUACUCCGGUUUCCUCCCACAUUCCAGGUUGCUAGGUUAAUUAGCGACUCCAAAUUGUCCAUAGGUAUGAAUAUAGACAAAUGGUUCUGUCUAUAUGUGCCCUGUGAUUGGCUGGCGACCAGUCCAGGGUGUACCCCGACUCUUGCCCAAAGAUAGGCUCCAGCACGCCCCGCGACUCUCGUGAAUAUAAGCGGUAGAAAAUGAAUAAAUAAAUGUGUAAGGUCAAUUGUACCACGUUUGGGCCCACUGAACACCUCAAGUCCAGCAUUUUUGGCUAGUGUGAGUUCAGUUCCGGAUACUUCCAUUCCUUUAGACUUGGCCAUGGUCGUGUCAAUCUGUGGCACCUCAUGCACCUGAAAGUGCUAACAAGAAGCGAUUGACAAUAGAAAUAAUCCAAACAAUAUGAAAUAAGACUGGAAAUCAUCCACAAAGUCAGAUGAACCUCAGUGUAAAAGUGACAGCAAUCCGGCCCAAGUCCAGCUCGGUACUACCAAUGGCCUUGUGUUAGUACGCUCUAUUUGUUCGGUCAAGCAGACCUACUUAUUUCUUUCUAUUGUGUUUAACAGCCAAGGAACAUGAACGGGUCAAGACGGUUAUUGUGAAAAAUCUCGAUGUAAAACCACACCUGUCAUUGUCUAGCCAUCAAGAACCUGUUUUCCGAGGGGCUGCCAGGUCAUUGGCUGAAAUGCAACACAAGGGGUGAAGAAAUGUAUAUACAUAUAGUACUUGUAUUGUUGUACGGGAAAUGUACUGGAAUGAGCUCUUGCUGUGUAUGAAGAUGAAACACUGUAUUAUUCUGUCUAUAAAUCUUACUUGAAGGACUUGCUUUAAGGGCCUUCCAGUUGUCACAGACGAGAAAACUAUGUUUGUUGUUGAAUAAUUCAUGCCAGCGUAGUCCAAAGACAAAAACGCACUUGGACUUCAAGUUGUUGCUCAAGGCACCAGCACAAGCUUGGUGGUAUCAGGGACCAAUGACCGCCCAUGUUGAACUUUUUUCAUCUUGAAUAGUGAAAAGACGACGUGGGAAAACACUCUCAGGAAACGCUUCAAUAAUGAACUAUUGAAUGAAAAUCAAAUCUUUAAGUCUUUUUUUUUUAUUUCAUCAGGGAUAUACUGAAAUAAAACUAUUUUUGCACUCA